AACCUCCUUCACCGCCUAGCUCUCUUGACCGCUUCAAGUUCUGAAAGACUCUCUUUCCAUCCAACAAGGACUGAAUACAACAAGGAAGGCUGCAUCUCUGCGCCGAGUACAAGUGAGGGUCAUGCCUUUCGUUGUCUACAACCUUGAGAAUGCGAUUGACACUUUCUUCAAGGAGGGCGGGGCGUCAUCGUCCAGAAUACAGUGUGACGACUUUGUCUACCAAAGAUACGGAGAAAGGAACCGGCCCACUGACAUUCAAGGCUCGAACAGCUACACUGUGAUUACGGGGCCGAGCGAUAACAGGAUCAUCCAGUUCCGAGAGCAGGAUGCCUUGUUGGACAUGAGAAUGUUGGCGUUAGCCAAAGCAGUCCACGGAGAAGUCGUGCCCGGCUGCUCUGAGCUUGGAUGGGUUGGCGACCCAAACGGCUCGCAGCUGGCAGCCUCUGAAAUGGACAGGCUUCCUGGAGAGAACUACAUUCUCGCUCACCCCUUAUACUCUUCGCGCCAGUCAGCUAAAAGACAAACAAGUUUCUUUGCCCAAUCCUGGCAAUUCGGCACACCAACAAGUUCAGGAUUGGCCGACAUGUCUGCCAUCAUUACCGAAUGCUACGAUAGGUUUAACAAUCUUGCUAAUACGCUUCCGGAACGAUUCCUGACAGUCGUCACCGAGAUACAAGCCGCCCUACCUGCUCUUCUCGACGGUUGCUAUCCGGUAGUCCUUACACAUAGCGAUUUGAAUGAGAUGAACAUCCUGGUCGACACCGAGAGCGGCAAGAUCACGGGCAUCGUCGACUGGCCCGGAGCAACUAUCCUACCAUUUGGCUUCGCUCUCUACGCGCUGGAGAACGCUCUCGGCAGCAUGACUUCAAAUGGAUGGAAAUGGCUGGAUGAAGCGGAAGAGUUGAGGGAUGCAUUUUGGAGGGCCUUGAGAUCUCAAACCGGUGGCUUGUCCGAGUCUCAAGAACGGCUUGUCAAGUUGGCAGGUAAGGCCGGUAUUCUCAUCCGCUACGGUACGGCGAAUGAUAGCGGCUUCUUGGGGGUGAUAGGGGCCAGGGGCCCAAACAUGGGGGAGGAUUUUAGAUAUCUCGAUGCGCUGUUAUUCUGA